AUGCGACGAAUAAGUGGUGCGACCUGCAGCAUGCGUCGUUUUUUUUCUUUUGGCGUGGGACUUUCUGGAAACGUCCCGAUUCUUCUUGUUAGGCAUGCCAUCAACAGGACGGGGGGAAUGAUGUGUACUGCUCACCAUAACAAUACCCGUCACUUCAUUGCGGCUUUUUCCCAACCCUGCCUCGCUCCGAGCAGACUCGUGGGCUCAGGAGGAACAGAGUCGUCAUUCACUCCACUGAAGUGCCCUGAGUGUGGCAAGCGGUUUCUUAGUAUGGCGAAUCUUCGACAGCACCGGCGCUCCCGCCAUUUCGUAUCUCUCAAGUCUCCCUCUCAGGAAGAGCUUGAGCGUUUGAGGGAGGCCAACGCACGGCUGGUCGAAGAGUUGAGAAACCUACGGGAGGUCAAUGCAUUGAGGGUGCGUUCUGCCUCUUCAUCGUUAUUGAUUUCCUCAGGUGAAUCAUCGUCUAAAGGGGAGAGCCAGAACGGCGCCCAUUUUUUUGCCGCCGUUCCCGAAGGGAAAGCUGUGGGCAUUUCCAUGGCGGAGGUGCAACAACUGCGGAACCACCCUUUUCGAUUAGGCACAGGAAUCUCCGAGGUCUGGUGUGUGGGUGUGGUUGAAAACGAUGUCGAGUUGGGCACAAUUGGCGUCAGAAAUGAACAAGAGGCUGAGGAACAUACGUCAGGGCUGGAAACAAUGCAAUUUACUCUUCGAACGGAUGGAUAUCGUCUGCGACGUGUUGGCCAGUUAAAAAUGUACCGCAAUCGACUCACUGUACGUGUUAUUGCACCUCGGUACAAGGCACAAAAGGGGGAUACGGUGCUUGUUGUGGGUACGUACGGGCUCCAUAAUUCGUACGAUCUUGUUUCAAAGCAAGCGGUGGAAAACUCUGUUGUGGAGGCCGGAUAUGUCGGACUACUAAAGAAGGGGCCUGCGGACAAAAUUGAAGAGGUCUAG